AUGCCACCUCAAAAACAUAAUCAAACCAAACAUCUCAAUCAUAACAAAAAAUCAAAUGGAUUCAAGAUUGGUAAACUUUCCAAAAUGUCAGAAUCUUAUCGUGGAAAAGCUGUUCAAAUCAAAAAAACCCUCAUCCAUAAAGCAAAAUUAAAGAAGCAAAGAGCCAAAGAAUUAAUCCAAGCUGGUUAUUCAACUGAAACCAAAUCUCAUAAAGGACCAAAUCAAUCUACAAGUCGAUCUGACCCAACGAAUGCAUUUGAAUUGAAACGAGGAAUGGAAGUCAAUGAUCCAAUGGACUUAGAUACUUCAACCUUUCCACAACCAAAACUUGGACCGCGUAAAGAUGGAAUGAGAAUAGAUCAUGAUGAAUCUCAAUCUCAAUCUCAAUUUAAUUCACUUAAACGUCCUCAAAAAUCGUCACACAGUACGAAUAAUAAUGAGAUCAUUGAAACUCAACCCAGUUUAAAAAAGCGCAAGAUUCAAGAAUCACAACCUUUCACAUCAUCGUCUAAUUUACCCGAUCCUCAUAAUCCUACGAAAAACAACCGAUCUUCAUUAUCUCGGUUGAAAAAGAAUCAGAUGCUUCAUCCGAAUGGACAACCUAGAUUAUCAGUUAAGCUAAAUCGAAUGCUCGAUAAGAUUCAACGUGGAGCUUGA